UUUUCUGGACUAUUCUUUUCCUAAAUGACUGGAGAAACAUAUCAGAGAAAUAUGACCGAUAGAGAUAAGAAUAAAACUACAACACAUCAGAGACAUAUGUGAAUGUAAGAAAUAAAACUACGACGCAUAAGAGAAAAGUGAGUGUUAAAAAAGCCUCAGGAUGUAAUCUCACUUAUUUAGAUCAGAGCCGAUAGCGAUACACCCGUGCACACACUUACAACAGGAUAAACCAUAACUGAAAACAAUGCCUCGACAAGGAGGAAAAGACUCGUGUUCGUGGGAGCUUCUCUUCAUUGCUUUCAUCGGUGCAUUGUGUCUGGGUGUUGUACCAUGGCCCCCAGCGGCGAGGAGUGCCCCUCUUCUCUUCACACAAGAGCCCAUGAUUGUGUCGCAAGAAUAUCUCUCAGGCACCUGUGUAGACUCAACGGGCGCUGAGCGCAGUGACUUGGAGGAAUGGACAAGCACGUCGGGCGCCUGUGACAGGAUCGUUUGUCAUGUGGAACCUUCUGGAAACUACACAGUUACCCACAGAUAUCUGUGAUAUUUGAUGUAACAAUAAAUGUAACACUAUGAAAGAUUGUUUGUUGAUCAGUGACGAGAUAAAUGCCUUAUUCAUUCUCUAUAUUAUAAUGUAAAGCCGGUCGGUGACAAAAUUGUUACAAAUACUUUUAUACUGUGAAUCAAUCUACAAUUCAUCAUAAUAUUAUAACAAUUAUCAAAUUCAUAUGUACACGCACAUUCAUCAUAAUAUAACAAUUAUCAAAUUCAUAUGUACACGCACAUUCAUCAUAGUAUAACAAUUAUCAAAUUCAUAUGUACACGCACAUUCAUCAUAAUACAGCUGUAUAACAAUUAUCAAAUUCAUAUGUACACGCACAUUCAUCAUAAUAUAACAAUUAUCAAAUUCAUAUGUACACGCACAUUCAUCAUAAUAUAACAAUUAUCAAAUUCAUAUGUACACGCACAUUCAUCAUAAUAUAACAAUUAUCAAAUUCAUAUGUACAUGCACAUUCAUUCACCUCCAAACAACAGUCAUCGUUCCAUCUUUUGUCUCUUCUAAAAUGUUAAUUAAUCAUCUCGACGAGCGCAUAAAUAUGCAACAGUACACAUUAAUUUAUUACAUUGUGUUGUCUUCUAUUACUAUCAACCUCUUCACUGCUGAAACAUUUCCAUCAACAUCUGUACCGACAAGAUAAAAUGUUAGUUCUUGGAAUAUUUUAACACAGAGAAUUGUUUCAGAAUAAGCAAAAUCAUAAACGGUAACUAUAGCAACCAACUAAAACUUCUUUUGUCAACUAGAUGAAACAAAAUAAGUGGAGAAUACAAGCCAGAACACACGCCUACUCAGCAGUGAAGAGGUUAAUAAAAUUACAUGUCAUGUAUGUUAUAAUGUUCGUGUAAUAUCGUGUUAGUGUUAUGUAGUAUCAGAGCUUUGAAAUGUAAGGGCGCUGGCGUUCGCAAAAAAAAACUAUUAUUGCAAUCUCAUACAUAAGUUAACAUUUUUCUUCUUUAUAACUGAUUUACGCUUGUUGUUCUCUUACUGUCUGUGCUGUUCCUUUUGAACGACUGAUAAUAUCGAUAUUGUCUUGAUGAAUUAAAGUUUUCUUUAACAAAAUCUA